AGCGACUCAGCUUCCCCUCACAGCACGUAUCACCCCAUAUGGGGUAAAAACAGCUCAACGCUGCAGCGGUGACGGCAAUCCGACUCGGAUUUCCGCAGCGUCGGCAAUCGGGUUUUGACCGACGGCAAUUGACCACCCCGGAAGUAUAAGUAUGCCUCAAGAGCGAACGACCGAAAAGAAAGCAGAGAAUACAACCUCAAUUCCUCUAUUUAAAAAAGAAAAUACAAAAUAAAUAGACCGUUUAAAAUCACGACAAAUACAAAAAGAAAAGAAAGAACAAAAAUGCCACAAUUCCGCAUUCUCCACAUCGGCGACAACAUCAAAUACAACCACGAUGUGUACGCGCGCUUCUCGUCAGAAUUUGAGAUCAUCCAGCCCAGCGCCGAAGAGCGCGAAAGGGAAGAGUUCAUGCGGGCCCUGAAGGAGCGCCGCUGGGGGGACUUCCACGCCAUCUUCCGGCCCUUCUGGAACACGGGGGGCGAGAUGGGCCGCUGGGACAGCGAGUUGAUUCCGCUUUUGCCCAAGAGCGUAAAGAUCAUGGCGUCCGCCGGGGCCGGGUAUGACUGGGCGGAUGUGGAUGUGUUUGCUGAGCAUGGAAUAAUCUACUGCAACGGGGCAGCGGCCUCGUCGGAAUCCGUCGCCGACAUGACGAUCUUCCUGAUCCUGUCCGUCUUCCGCAACCUAGCAUGGUCCCACCAGGCCGCCCACUCCGCCAACCCGCAAGCCUUCGCCGACGCCCACAAAAACUCCCCGCUCACAGCGCGCAACCCGCGCAACCACGUCUUGGGCAUCAUCGGGUUGGGCCAGAUCGGCUACAUGAUCGCACAGAAAGCACACGCCGCCUUCGGCAUGAAGAUCGCCUACCACGAUCUCUUCCGGAAGACCCCCGAGCAGGAGGCUCGCGUCGGCGCGACGUACUACCAGGAUUUGGAAUCGUUGCUCGCGACCGCGGACUGCGUGGUCGUUGCCACGCCGUUUGCUGGUAAGACUCUCCUGACGCUGGAGCGGUUUAGGCAGUUUAAGAAGGGGUCGCGGUUUAUUAAUAUCGCGCGCGGGUCGUUGGUCGAUGAGGAGGCCCUCAUCCAGGUCCUCGAUGAGGGCCAUUUGGUUGCCGCUGGGCUUGACGUUCAUGCGAAUGAGCCUUAUGUGCAUCCACGCUUGGUGAAGCAUCCUCGUGUUAUGGCCAUGUCGCAUAAUGCUGGUGGCACUGUCGAUACGCAUAUUGGGUUUGAGAGGCUGGCGAUGGAGAAUAUUGAGGGCUUUUUGUUGAAGGGGAAGGCUUUGACGCCGGUUAAUGCGCAUUUGUUGAAGAGUAAGAGUUCUUUGUAGGUUUUGAUUUCGGGUGUUUUGAUAUACCAUUGUUUGUGUGGGUUUUUAUACAGUUGUUGGUGAACUGGAAAAGAAUGAAUUGUUACCGUUUCUGAAGGAGCACUAGUAGAUUAAGCUAUGAAAGAGGCCAUUGUAAGUGUAUGGCUGAUAUGAUGGAUUAGCCAUCUAUUUCUAGUAGUACAGGUACACUUAGUUUUAGUAUUUAGGGAAUUGUAGCUCUAGUAAUGACAUCUGUGGGAUUAUG